CGUUCAUAGAACAUAAACCCUUUUUCUUUAUAUUUAAAUAUUAUCUCGAAGUUUUAACGACAAUAAUAAGUCGAUAAUAAUUUAGAAACCUUCCUCCCCCCCCCCAACCACAACUACCAUCGUGCAAUACAUGAAAUUUUCUCGUUGAUAAAAAAAUAAUUUUCAUUAAAAAGAAAAAAAAAACAAAAAAAAAGAUUAAACGACACGUUUCUUUUUGUUAAAUCAUCGUUCAAUGGAUCUUACAUACUUAAUGAAGAUUACCAAUAGACUUUGUAAACUUCCGUUUAAUCACAUAAAUCUCCCUAAUCGAGUGAGACAGUCCAAUGUCUUAUUAAAUGGCCGAUAACGAUUGAGGUACAAUGCCAAGCGGUAGCGUAAUUAUCUAAUAGAAGAUAAGAAGGAUUUAACUGUUGUUAUACUAUUUUAACUUUAAAAUUCUUAUGGUUAAUGUUUUGACCGUGAAUGUUGUUGGGUCAUGAGUUUCCUUUUUUUUUGUGCUUCUUUCUUUUUCCUUUUCCUUUCCUUUUUUUUUUUCAUUCCUUCUUUUCGUAUUCAUUCACCAUGCGACCCAGUUACUUUCUGACACGUAAGAACAAUUGGAGGUACGGUGGUUAUGUACGAGUAUCAGAAUCCUGCGUAAGAAGCACUACUUUCCUCAGGAGUAAGGAAGGGGUGAAAAAGUGGGGACUUGAAACGAAAUAGGAUCAUUUUAGGAGGGAAAUUAUUAUUAUUAUUUCAUUAUUCGCGUCAUUUUAAUCGUCAAUUUGUCGUACGAAAAAUGACGGAAACAUCGAAGGAAACUGAAGUGCCUGAUUCGGAGAAUCCUGAAAAUGCGAGCACGUCGUUGAAUUUAACAUGUGCUACUGGUAACAAUGAAAAACCAUUACCUGAACGUGGAACUUGGAGUACCAAAUUGGAUUUCAUUCUUAGCGUGGUUGGAUUGGCCAUUGGACUCGGCAACGUAUGGCGUUUUCCUUAUCUCUGUUAUAAAAAUGGAGGAGGUGCAUUUUUGAUCCCAUAUUUCUUAACAUUGGUCCUAGCUGGUAUACCAAUGUUUUUCAUGGAAUUAGCACUUGGUCAAAUGUUAACAGUCGGUGGUUUGGGUGUUUUUAAAAUUGCUCCACUAUUUAAAGGGAUUGGUUAUGCUGCUGCUGUUAUGUCCUGUUGGAUGAACGUUUAUUAUAUUGUCAUUCUUGCAUGGGCGAUAUUUUAUUUCUUUAUGUCAAUGCACAGUGAAUUACCUUGGGGUAGUUGUAACAAUUAUUGGAAUACCAAAUAUUGUGUUAAUCCUUACGAUAGAAGCUCAUUAGUUUGUUGGAAUCAAGUUUAUAGGAAUCAUAGUAGCAUUAAAAUGUGUACCGUCAAUCAAUUGAACGUCACCGUCAACGAACUCACAGAUCCUGUCAAAGAAUUUUGGGAACGUCGUGCAUUGCAAAUCAGUGAAGGAGUAGAGUACGUAGGUACCAUACGUUGGGAAUUAGCUGGUACUCUAUUAUUGGUAUGGAUUUUAUGUUACUUUUGUAUCUGGAAAGGUGUUAAAUGGACUGGCAAGGUAGUUUACUUCACUUCGUUAUUCCCUUACGUUUUACUUACGAUUUUAUUAAUUCGCGGGAUUACUUUGCCCGGUGCAAUGGAGGGUAUCAAAUUUUACAUCAGUCCGAAUCUAUCGAAAUUAAGAGAAUCCGAGGUAUGGAUAGACGCGGUUACGCAAAUAUUCUUUUCCUAUGGACUUGGUCUUGGUACAUUGGUUGCUCUUGGUAGCUACAACAAAUUUACCAACAACGUUUACAAGGAUGCCUUGAUCGUUUGCUCUGUAAAUUCAUCUACCAGCAUGUUUGCUGGUUUCGUUAUUUUCUCUGUAGUCGGUUUCAUGGCACACGAACAACAAAAACCUGUUGCCGAGGUUGCCGCAUCGGGACCAGGAUUAGCUUUUCUAGCAUAUCCUUCGGCAGUUCUUCAAUUACCUGGUGCACCACUUUGGUCCUGUCUUUUCUUCUUCAUGUUACUUCUUAUUGGUCUAGAUUCGCAAUUUUGUACAAUGGAAGGAUUCAUCACUGCAAUGGUGGACGAAUGGCCACAAUUGUUACGUCGACGUAAAGAAAUUUUCAUCGCAAUAGUUUGCGCAUUGUCUUAUCUAAUAGGACUUUCGUGUAUUUCCCAAGGUGGAAUGUACGUUUUUCAAAUUCUCGAUUCUUACGCGGUAUCCGGUUUCUGUUUACUCUUUUUAAUCUUCUUCGAAUGCAUCUCGAUAAGUUGGGCAUUCGGUGUUAAUAGAUUUUACGACGCAUUAAGAGAUAUGAUUGGUUAUUAUCCAUUAAUGUGGUGGAAAUUUUGUUGGACCUUUACAACUCCAAUGAUAUGUGUCGGAGUGUUUGUUUUCAAUUUGGUGCAAUGGACACCGGUUAAGUACUUGGAUUAUGAGUACCCUUGGUGGUCUCAUGUAUUGGGCUGGUUCACAGCAUUAUCGUCAAUGCUUUGCAUACCAGGAUACAUGUUAUAUGCAUGGAUGACAACACCUGGUGAUAACAGUACCAAAUAUAAAUUAUUAAUCCGAAUAGAAGACGACGUAGCAUCUUUGCGAACGAAAAUGGGCCAACCAUCGGUCGAAUUAACACCACUUUAAAAAAAAAGUCUAGUCCCCAUAUUAUAUUUCUUUAUUUUUUUUCCUCCUUUUAUCCAAUUAUUACCUGGUAUCAAAAGGAUUGGAUUAUAUUCUAUCAACUUUAAGAUACUAUGAGAGGAGAAAGAACGCAACACUGCCGUUCUCGUAGAUUUCAAAAAAAAAAA